AUGCAAAAUGAUUUUGAAAGUAGCAACAUAUUGACAUUUCAAGCCGCGCAAAAGAUAGGAUCAGCUGCAAUGGAAUAUGCUAAUUUAAAGGGUUAUAAGGUUUGUAUUACCAUUGUUGAUAGAUCUUGUCAAAUUUUAUGCGUUGCUAGGCAUCAUCAAGCUGGGGUUCACACUGUAAACGCUAGUUUUAAAAAAGCGUAUACAGCUUGUUCGCAGAAAAGAACUACGGAAGAAAUUUUUAAUGGAAUUAAACAAGGAACAAUUCCACAAGAACUGAAAGAUCUUGAUCCUAAUAUUUUAGUACUUCCUGGCGGUAUUCCCAUAAUAUAUAAGGAUGAAGUUAUUGGAGGAAUCGGAGUUGGAGGUGCUCAUCUCUCUCUUGAUUCUGAUGUUGCAAAAGCAGGACUUAUUGCAGUUAUUGAUCAGAAUUCGAAUAAAUCUGAAUGA